GAUAGAUGAAGAUAGAAUAAUUAUGCGUACCUAUUAGAAUAGAAUGCACAAUUGUUAAGGAGUAUUAAAUUGAAGUUUUAAAACAGUUUGUGAGCUAACAAGUAGUUUUUCCAUUUUCUCUUAACUCAUAAUAGUUAGUGAUCAUUCUACUGAACUGAAGUGCAACUAACAGUGCAUGCACACUUUUAGGCUGAACCAACAUAGACCAAAAGUAAAUAGAGUGAUGUGGGUCAUUGUUAUUUUGUUCAAGUUUUGAUAAAUCCUUUAUCGUAUUCGUAUUGUAAGUAGUGUUUUCAUAUUGUGUUUAGAAAGUGUUUUAAACUUUGAAAUGAAAUAUCAUGAUGACACCAUUAGAAACCCUAGAUCAGUAUAUGACAACGUGUAUUGCUGCUUGUGUAAUGUAUGCAUUUUUCAUGCUAUUUCUCUUGAUUUGUUUUCUAAGGAAGUUUAACAGUUCCGAUAGCAUUAAUUCACUUGUGUGUCCUCCACCAAUUGAGCUACAUACCGUUGUGAACCCCUAUCGAUACUCAUCUGUCAGCCAAAACCCUCAAAUAUCUUCAUAUAUACAGCCUUCUCGCUCAAAUAGAAGUUAUUCUUCAUCAAGAAAUAGUGCACAUGUGUACAAGAUUCAGCUCAAGAAGGUGCCUUUUGGUGGAAUAGAUAUGAGUCAGAUGGAGAGAUUAGCAACACUCUAAACCUAACCCUUAAUUCGGAUUUAAAAGCAUACUCUUCCAAAUGACUAGGUCGGUAAAGAUGCCGUACUCUAAAACUCAAGAUGGAUGACCACUCCAUAGACCAUCCACAUAAUUCCAUCUCACAUAAACUUAACUGUAGUGGUAACAAAGUUUAUACUUUGGGUAGUGCUACUAGAAAUGUGGAAGCCCAUAAAAGCAAAUGUGGAAGUUCAAGUCUAAUUUCUGGAACCUCUACCAAUAAAAACUAUGGUCACCAGAUGUAUGAAACACCAAUGAAUGCAAGUGGAAAAUCUACACCUGCCCAAUCAAAGACCCGUCUUCCAUUAAAUAUGAUUGUUUCUAAAACCGCUACAAGAAAUACUCUUCAAGAGAAUGAAGACGAUGAAAUACUGGAUUUUGACUUAACUAAUAUGAGGAAAACAAAAGUUCCAGCACCUUCGUGGAAAGGAAAAGAAUGUUAUAGAAAAAGACAACAAUCUGCUGUAUUGUACAACAAACGAAAGAUUGAGGAGAUUCAAGCCAUGAAAUCAAAAUUGAAACAUCAUCGAUAUGACCCGAGAGCGUCUCUAGGAAGACCGAGGCUCAAUGACAAUCAGAAUACAUUAUCUGAAUAUAUGUCUGUCAUUUCGAACAAAGAAAGAUGUUCCCAGCCUUGCAACAAUACAAGCGCUGUAGUACCAGGGUCAGAUCCUAUUCCGAACAAAGACAGAGAUCAAUUUGAAACGACCUAUUCUUCAGUCAACAACGAUCGCUCUUUUUUUACCUCCACACCAGCUGUAAAGCCAAAAGAUGAGUUUGUUUGGAAUCCCAUUAUAGUUCCAGUUGCAAAUUCAUCUGGUAGUGCAAAGGAGCUGUUUGAACAUCAUUAUCCUCAUCUUGAGAAUAGUUGUAGUUGGUUGGACUCACCGGGAAACUAUACCACUUCUUCAACGUCAUCUGGACUCACCGUUGCUGAGGAAACUGUUCGACUCACCUACUACGCAGGAGGAUCUGGAUUCCCGCAAAACCACAGACAGAGAAAAAGAGAUACUUACGAUUUCAUGAGUGAACCUUUUACAACAUCGGAACCAUCUUGGCUUUCUCAGAGUGGUCAAAUUGACUUCCCAAAUUAUUUCGAGGAGUAAGUGAACAAGCCACCAUUGUUUUUUUUUCAUAUUACUCAUGUAACACAUUAGUCUAAACAAUUUUUAACUGACUGAAUCAGUCAUUCAUCUGUCUAAUCAAAUGCCUUUAGUUUAAUUAACAGUUUGGAUUCUACAAAAGUAUCUCUUCACAAAAAGGAAGAGCCUUGAUGUAUUUUACAUGUUUUUUUUGCAGUAUUUUACAUUAAAGAUAAAAGAUGUAUACGGUUAUUUUAGGUAGAUUUUAUAGCCGAUGGUUGAUUUGUUUGUAAAUAAAUAAAUCAAAAUAUAAUAACCAUGCAAGACUGUCAAUGUUGAAUUCAGGGUAUUCUUUUUUUAGUAUCUCUUGAUAUUUUACAAAGUAUUAUUUUACAAUUUUAUGUGACUGAACAGUAUUAGAAAAAGCAAUACAACAGUUGAACGAUUUCUAGCAUUAAGUUACUCGGUUACUAAUAAUAGUUAAGUACUCUUUAGCUGAAAUUAGUACUAAUUAAUCACUUGUUUUGCUAGCACAAUUUUGAAUAUUUGUUUAGGGUUUUCUAGUUUUAGUGGUUCAACAAUUAGACAAUUCAAACUAUUAAUUAUUUAUAAGAUGUUUGUCAUUUACAAAAAAAAAACUCUUCGUUUUAGUGAAAAUGCUAUAUUUUUAUCUUUAGACCGUGAGACAAAAACUUAAACUAAUUUGGAAAUUGACAUAAGGGAGAAAACUAAAAUUUCAGAAGAGUUUUGAAACAAUGGCUUCUUAUUUUUUUUUUAAAGAUUGUUAAAUACACAAUUUUAUCUUCUGAGUGAGAUAGCUUUGUAGGUACUGUAAAUAUUUUAGAUACACAAAAUAUGAAUUUUAUGUAGUAUUGACAAUCUUGAGAUAAGUAUUGUGAGGUUGUAUUGUUAUUUUUGUAUUUGUUAACUAAACAUGCCUACCUCAUACUUCAUUUUAAGUUAUGAAAAAAGGUAAAUGUACAAAUGUAAUGUUAAAUGUAAUUCUGCUAGCUUUAUUAGUUAAGUAAACCCUUAAGCUUAGUUGACAAUAUGUAAAUACUAAAUAGUUUGUUAUUAAGUUUGUAAUAUAUUUUACUUAUGACAAUGUUCUGUAAUUUUAACUAUCUUUGUUGAGUAAACAUGUUAUUUCACAGAUUUUUAUUUCUAUAGAACUGAAAGAACCAACAGUAUUCUAACAUCACAUGACCAAUUUCACAUUUACUAAAUAAUAAAGGAACCCUAUAAAGUGUUCUCCAUGGCCCCUUUUAUAGAAUGUUUUUAGUCACAAAGUUAGAAAAAACACUAUUUAAUAGAAAAAUUUCAUGGGAAGUUAUCACCAUGUAGGUAAUAUAUAUAGUCAUAUGUCAGUAUCUAAAUUCACAACCAGCAGUAAUAUCAGAGGGAAAUUACUUAGACUAUUUGAAUGACUAGAAAAAGGAGGAUAGCAGCUAGCUUAUCUUGAAAGUGUUGGUAGACCAUAGAACAAGUAGAAAAUGUAGAAAAACACUGUGCAUAGGCCUACAAUAUUUCGUCCCAUGAAGGACUUUUUCAAGUGUAGAGAAACAGUUUAUAAAUUAAAAAAUGCUUUUUUUCAUCAUCAUCUUCUUUAAUAUAAUGGGUUGUAUUGUCCCUAUCAGAAAUAUAAUAUAUGCAAAUAUAGCCUUAGCAGUUGUAAAAAACUUAAUUUGGGGAGUCUACGCCCAUAUUCCUCAUCUGCAUUACAAGCAUGAAACGCUUGUUCGUGCGUACACCUCUCAACAUAUUGCGACCUUCUUUCUUUUUCUCUUCUUUCUUUGGUCACCAUAUUCACAACAGACGAUUUUUUUCCAACAAUGAUCAAAGCUUUUUCUUUUUUCACUGGCUUUCUGAAACCAAAGCGGUUGGUGUGCUGACACUGCUGUGAUUGGUCUAUUUCCAGUCGUCGACAUGCAAGAGGCUACAGGAGUUCUCAACUUUGCAGCUAGCGAAGGUGCCACUUUUGUCAUGGGAUUUCUGUCUUUAUUUCUACUGUUUUGUACUCAGCAUAGCACACCUAGGCACUGAAGAUUGCAGCAAUACUUGAGCUCGAGUUUUCUGCUGCCCUGUUCUCACUGAGGGAUUCCAUGUUUUUGAAGAGCUGCUGAUGAAUCUUUUAAAAGUCCGACAUCUUGCUGACUGGUCGUUUCCACUGAACCUGGUGUGCUCUUAGUUUGUUUCUUCUUCAAUGUAGAUCCUAGUUUAGAUGAAAACUUUAAGGACUUGCGUUGUGGACUUUUGCCGCCUGAUAAAAUAAAAGUAGCAUUUCUCAACAGUGCUGGUACCGGCAUUUCAUCGGUUUCUUGAUCAGCGGAAUUAGAAAAAUAAAAGUUAAACUUCUGGUCAGACCUUGUAUUUAUUCUCCACCUGUUUCACAUAAAAUCAUCCUUAAAAAUGGGGCUCACGAUGUUGCAACAGAAAGAAAGAAGAGCAAAAGAAAGAAGGUCGCUAUAUGUUGAGAGGUGUAUGCACGAACAAGCGUUUCAUGCUUUUAAUGCAGAUGAGGAAUAGGGGCGUAGGCUCCCAAAGUUUUUUACGAUUGCUCUAUCAAUAAAAUAAAAAUUUGUCUUUCUAUGUUAGUGUGUGCUUUAGGUUAUAUUUGCAUAUAUUAUAUUUCUGAUAGGGACAAUACAACCCACUAUAUUUAAGAAGAUGAUGAUAUUAAAGAAUUUGUAAGAAAAAAAAGCAUUUUGUAAUUUAUAAACUCUUCCUCUACACUUGAAAAAGUCCUUCAUGGGACAAAAUAUUGUACGCACAGUGUUUUUCUACAUGUUCUAUGGCCUACCUACACUUUUAAGGUAAGCUAGCCGCUAUCCUCCUUUUUCUACAAUUCCAAAUCCAGGCCUAGAGCCUUUCCUUGAACAAAACUAUUUGAAUAACUAAUUAACUUUCAUACUGAAUUGCAUUUAACAACUUAGACUAUAUAUUUACAAUCUCUAAGUCCCUCUGGAACUCACGUAGAUUCAAUCAAACAAAAACACAAGGCAUUAGAAGCACCUUUAUCACCUCAGUCUCUUGCUAUAAGUUGGUACAGUAUAAUGGUUUACUUAAUCCCCAAAUUUUGCUUAUUUAUCUGUAACUUUUUGAUGACACAGCAUAGAGUUUUCCAAUACCUUUUUUGAUAUGUCUAAAACAUAAAAUUAAAUACAGUUAAUUUUUAAGUAAAAGUAAACAUUACAGUAGACUGCUUGUGGCCAAAGUAGUCUAGAUAAUAUAUUCUUAGUGUGUUGGUAACAGUUUUUCUGUAGCCUCGUCACUUGUGCAGUACUAAAAUUACAGCUAAUAUUGUGUUUCUAUCACUGUUUUAAUGUUACUUGGGAACGGAGAUAAUGUGGUCCAUUUGUGAUUAAUUUUAUUUGGUCAUUUUCUAAAAAGAUAAAUUAUUGUAUAAUCAUAUUGUUGUUAACAAUGUACCUGUGUAGUAGAAACUAAGUGAUAAUUGCUAAUUAAUAAAUGCUCUCUUCUGCAUUAUCUCUAUGCUUCAUAAGACUGAGUUUUAACUAUUGUUUCAGUGCAUGUUUGUUGUAUUUAGUAUCAAAUUGUUAUUGAUUAAAACCUGUUUGAUAUUGUGUCAGUGAAAAUUUGUAAAUAUAACAGCCAGCUUAA